CUAGAAUUAAAUACCAGAGGUCAAAAGCUAUCAGUUUCACACACUUUUACUAUUGACGUUGCAUGCUGAAGGCUGUUGCACGCCGCCAUUUGUUUUAGUUGUUCUUUAAUACAAACCAACGGAGUCAAGUUUCCUUCUUGUUUUCGCUCACAUCAGCUAUGUAUUGUCUGAUCCUCUGCAAAGAAGAAUAUGCAUCAGGAAACCUUAGCACUGCUAAGUACUUAAGUGAAAUGUUUGAACUCUACCUUGAAGCCGAAUUUGUAAAAAUUGUAAAUGUCGACUAUGAAGGAUCCUUGAAAGAUGUGGAAAACUUCAAUCUAUCUACCUCUAAACCGAAGCUUGCGAUCGCACUUCAUUUACGGCGGUGCUGGCAUUUGGUUAACCGUUUAGAUGAAAGCAUACCAGUACUUUCUGUCGGCACGGGAAGUGACUUAUAUGUGGAUAAUAAUCAUGAGGUGUAUCUAAAGACAAUGACUCAAUUAGUUAAUCGAAGCUUUGCAGUUGUAGUUUUUAACCAACCAAUGUUGAAACAAUUCGAAGAAAUAUGGCCUCGUUUUUCCGGACAGUUGAAAGUGAUACGUCAAGCAAUAAAUGUAGAUAUUGACCAAGCGAAGCAUAACAAAGAGAAAAUUCUGGCAUGGACUGAAUCGAAACUGGGGAUUAACCUAAAACCAUUCUUCAUUGUUGUUGGUCGUUUAAGAGAUGUGAAGGAUCCAAUGUUUGCACUCCAAUCAUUUCUCGAAUGGAGAAAUCAAGAUGACCAGAAUGAUAACAAUUUGAAGACUGUUUCAAAGAUUAACCACAAGUUGUAUCAUCUUUUAUACGUCGGAUCAAUAGAAGAAGAUACAGAAAAUGUGCAACAGUUCAUUGACAAAAUAGAUGGGAAAUUUGUACAUCGAUGUGAUUCAUUAGAUCAAGCAGAAUUGCAUUCAUUAAUGCUUAGUUCUCAGGCAUUAAUCAACUGUUCAAAAAGUGAGGGACAGUCUUUAUCCAUUAUGGAGGCCAUGUUUCUUGGAGUUCCUGUUGUGGUCAGAGCAAAUCCAGGUAACUGUGACCUUGUCAAAGAUCACGAAAAUGGAUUGGUAUUUAAAACAUCUAAGAAUUAUUUAAAGUCUUAUGGAUUGUCAAAUUUUGACAAUAUCAAUGACUUCACCAGAUCAUAUUUCAUGUAAUGUGUUGCAGUUUUCAUACGUGUUACUAUAUUGUUGUGAUCUUACAUGGAUGUUAAAAUACACUAACCUUCUAAACUGUUGAUGCAGCAUAUUAUUUAGAAACUCUGAAGUUGUUGGAAAAUGUCAUGUUUUCUGAGAAGUUCUAUUUAUCCAUAACCAUUAUUCCCAUUACUAGACUUAACAUUCACCUACAAUUCGACUUAUUUAAUCGAAAAUCGCUCUACUCAUAAUCAUAUCAUAGUCAAUGAUGUAAAUUACUAUUUCAUUUGUGCCAUAUUGCAUAUUAUAAGCAUAAUGUACUCUUAGUCUGUAUUUGCGCCUAUAAAAGUUGCUGCAUUUCCCCUUGUUUUGUCUUUGUAGCAAUCAUGAGUAGUUGAGACAGUACUGAUUAGCGUACUUGAUGAUCAUUAAAAAAAAGCAUAACUCUUUCGUAACAUUUAUUCACUCAUGAACAACUAUCGAUUGAAGUAACCUUAAAGUAGAAUUGAAUUUUGCAUACCAAUUCUGAGCUUCAUAAGAUAACCUGAAGUUAUUCAAGCUAAUACUUGUAUAAUAAUUAUCAUAUAUCGUGAUUAAUCCGUAUUCGCGUUAAUGUCUACAUUGUCAAACAUUUUUCCUGUGACAAGAACUGCAAUACAGUGACGUAUAAUCCAUCAAAUUGUUAAGAUCAAUAACUAAGUACUUUAUAACUUGUUGCUGCAACAACAUUUCGGUGUUCUAUCAGUUCAGGGUGAAUUUGCCUCCAUUUUAUCACUCCUAGGUUUAUGCAUUAGACGAUUUAGUGAACUAAGUUAGUGAAACAGCAAAAAUUCAAGUUGUGAUUAGGUAUUUGUAAGAGCGGACUAAUUUUACACUUGGUUAGAAAAUUAACCCGAAAUGAUGUAAUUUAAAAGUAAAUUUGUGUAAUCGAUUAGAGAGUGGACUGCAGUUGGCUAAUAUGUACAAGACGUCUAAUAGAGACUCAUCAUCGAUAUCUUAACAGUUUACUUACCAGCUGAUUGGUUAGAAAAAAAAACAAAAGAUUUCAAUUAUUCAAACCGUUUAAAAAUAAUGCUAACAAGUAGUGCAAUCAACGUUUCAGUUUAGGCAACUGAAUAGUAUUAUGGCCUAGCACAUAAAAACUUGUCUGCAAUGAUUUGAAUUAUCUGUUACUUAUUUCCAUAAAGAAAAAAUUCAGUAUUAAAUGUUUAAUGUAUGUGUUUUAUUUAUUUAGGAAUUCGGAGAGUGCUUAAACAGCCUAGAAUCUAAUCCACAGUUGAAAGAACAAUUGAUCUCUUCGGGUGAAAUUUUUAUGGGAAGCAAAGAAUUUCAAUGGGAACAUCAGGCAAAACUAUAUUCACACAUAAUUCAACAAUAUUUCCAUUCUAAUUUAUAAUCAAACAAUAGGAUAAAACUGCUCAGUCAACAAAAUCCAAUACUACUUUCCUAUUCUAAUUUUGAUUGACAACCAUCGAUUUAUACAAAUAUUUUCUUUAUAAAAAUACUACUAAUAAUGACCUAAAUAAAUUGUCAUCUGUUUAACAUUC